UAAAGCGUUAUAUGAAGUUCUAUUCGUACAGAAUUCGUGAUACUCUUUCAUAGCUCCACUUAUACUUUAUCAAUUAAUGCUGUUAUUGAUCUGGAAGUGUAAACUGAGCGCAUCUGGGCCCCUGGUCUCAGCACUUUGUGGGUAAUGACCUUGUAAUACAGGCGUAAUAAACAAGCUCGAUAGAAACGUGCAAUAAGAGCGCGGAAGUUACUUUCGUGUUUUUUUUUUCUUCCGCUGCAUUCUCAUCUGCUCUUUCCCCUUGUGUACCUGUCAUAUUGUGUCGCUUUGUACAACAUCACAAUGUGAUUCACGGCCGUGUAAUUGCUGCCGAGUUACAGAGAAAAUUCCGGAACAUUCCUAUACCUACCAAGUUCUCUCACUACAGUCAUGGCCACGGACCCUUCUGGACCUGAGAGACGAGGAUGCACCGUGGUGGUUGCUAUGGACGGUAGUCUUCAUUCCAGACAUGCUCUUGAAUGGUACAUAGAAAAUAUGUACAAGAAAGGUGACAAGGUCGUGCUAGUUCACUGUCCAGAAUAUAAGUCUCUCAUUAAUUCACCUUACCUGACCACUGACCCGUCUAAGGCCUCUGACUUGGCGAAUGAAGAGGAAAGGAAAAUCAAAGAAAUGUUUGCAGACUGGAAAGAAGAAAUAAAGAGAGCGGGGAUUGAUGGAUGCAUAGUUAGAACAUCCGGGGAACCUGGACGAGCCAUUAUCAAAAUCGCACGUGGAGAAGGUGCCGAUUUCAUUGUGAUGGGGUCACGUGGUUUAGGUACCCUGCGCAAAACUUUCAUGGGAAGUGUUAGUGAUUACAUUGUGCAUCAUGCGCAUGUUCCGGUAACAGUGGUUCGAAAUCGGGACGAUGAUAACAAGUAAUAAAAAAAUUAUCUAUGUUUAAUUUACAAAGUUCUAGAAAUAUUUUGAUUAUUUCAAUAUUGUUUCGAAUGUUACCCAAUGUACAUUAUCCCAUUUCUUUAUAAAUAUCAGAUGGAUCAGUGCAUACUGCAGCAACAAACUGGGAAUUAAUAAACGUCAAUGACAUAUGUA